AUGUCUCGCAACAUUCAUCUUCGUCUCCCAGUGGAGCUGAUCGAUAUAAUUGCUCAGUUUCUGGCCCUCAAGCAUCCGCCAACUCUCUUCAAUCUCGCAUUAACAAGCAAAACAUUCUAUGCGCAUCAUCACCUAGCGAUCAAAUCGAUCGUCUAUCAUGAUAUCCUCAUAAAGAUACCCCGCGACGAAAAGAAAAUUGGAGAUGUUGUGAGUGACCUUGUGCAAAAGCUUCACCGUACAGAUAGCUUUCGUUAUGUGCGAAGAGUCUUUCUUGUCCAUGGGCGCCUUGGGUACAAUUAUGGAACAAGUAUGCCAUCUGAGGACAGAUGGAAUCCACCUCAGUUGUCGGACCUUCGGCGUGAGAGACAUCCAGAUCAAUACACGACCCACGUUGGUGGUCGGGAUCUCUAUGGCGAGUCAUGGGGGUACCACCCCGAAUCAAUGUGGAAGCCUGUCGUCGAUUUGAUCAAGCAACUGCCCGCAUUGAAAGAUCUUAUCUGGCACUACCCUGAGCAAUUUCCGGCUUCUAUUCUCGAAACACUUCAUCGAGAUCAGCCGCAAUGCCUGCUUCACUUGGAUUGUUUUUGGUUGCGCAGCCAGGGUUCUCCUGAGACAGACCCGGGGGAACUUGCGAUUCUCACAUCUCCUUCUCUCCACACACUAGCUCCGAACUUGAAAGAAGUCCAUCUUCCAGAUUCGACGCUUGAAGAGCCACCAAAACAAGGACUAAAACAUCCACCGCGACCUGCCUCAUUAGAAAGAUUCAAGGUUUCCGAUGGAUUUGGAUCGCUUACUCGAAGUGAGGAUGCCUGCAUAUGGAGACAGUAUAUCAAUUUUGCCGCCUCGCAGGAACUUGAGAUCGACUUGCCAUCGGCCGAUUACGAAUCAUUUUGGCAGUCACAGGUCAUGGAUCUCUCAUUUCCAGCGCUGAGAUCGUUGACGUUGGAUAUUGGUCGCAUGUCCUCGUCAACCCAGACAAUGAGCUACUAUGAAAAAGUGACCAGUUUUUUACAGGGCCUGCCACCUUUGGUCGAACUGAAUUUGAAUAGAUGGCACUCAUUGAUUCCUAUUGAGUCGAUCGCCAGACGCCAUGGUCCUCGGAUUCAGAAGCUGAGGCUGAUGCAUCCAUUUCUUUCACAGGGCCUGAACGAGCAAGAAAUUUGCCAGAUCAGCAAGUAUUGUCUUAUUCUGAAAGAGUUGGCGAUCACCAUCAACCGCACUCAAGGCAACUUGAGGGAAUUGGCUCUGUACAGAGCCUUGGGAGCCAUAAAGGAUCUCAGACAUCUCGAUCUCGAUUAUGAGACAUCUCUCACGGCAGAGCCGCACGGAGUGAUACCCCGCGAGACUGUGAUCUCGCCAUACGACAUAUUCGAGAAUCCCAGGUCACAGGAAUUGCCGGCCGAUCCAUCAUUUGACGGGUUCGACAAUGAGUUCUGCGAAGGUUCUCUCCGUUUUAAUUUUCGGCCUCGAAAUGGUCACAUACGAAAGAUGAUAAUUGAUUCGAUAAUCGACGAGAAACUUGCGCGUGAAAUCUUUGAUUGCAUUUCUUCCACCAAACCCCGGCAUUCUCUGCCUCUGAAAGAACUCACACUCAAGAUUAACCGAAUGGAUAUCUAUGAAAGUUCUUGCGAAGCCGAAGGGAAGACCGCGAAAGACUUCCAAGAAACUGGCGACGAAGCGGGAAAAUGA